CUCGCUUGCCUUUGACACGGGCUUCUGUGCGUGUGGGAGAGAGAGGAAGCGGGACAUCUUACCAUGCAAACAGGGCGUCAAAAUCUCAAACCAAACCCACAGCCGUCAACUAUUUGACGCUCUUCGUCUCUCUGAGUUUCAAUACUCACUAUUACAGAGUCAGUAUACAAUAUGUGUCUCCGGUACUCCCAAACCGUCCUCGCGGGUCUACUGCUGAUACUGGGAAUAAUCGGGAUCCUGCUGUUGGUCCUUCCGCUGAGAGAGGUUGAGAUGCCACCUGAAAACAUGUAUGGAAUCGUUCUAGAUGCAGGCUCAUCUCACACCUCCAUGUACAUCUACAAAUGGCCAGCUGACAAGCAAAAUGGCACUGGUAUUGUUACCCAGCACAGCGAAUGCAAUGUAAAAGGUGGAGGGAUAUCCAGCUAUGCAGGUGUUCGUGGUGGUGCAGCAAACAGUCUGGAGGCCUGUCUGAAGCAAGCCGUGAAGGAGAUCCCAAACGUCAGGCACCACCAGACUCCACUCUAUCUGGGAGCUACUGCAGGCAUGAGACUCUUGAAGGAAGUCAAUGCAACAGAGUCCCACCAGAUACUCAAGGAAGUGCAAAACAAACUGCAGUCUUACCCUUUCAAAUUCAUGAAUGCAACCAUCCUGAGCGGACAGGAAGAGGGGGCAUAUGGCUGGGUCACAGUCAACUACUUGCUUGAAAACUUUGCCAAGUAUGGUUUUGUCGGCCGUUGGCUGAAUCCAGGCAAGGAGACAAUUGGAGCUUUGGAUUUAGGCGGCGCUUCCACUCAAAUUACUUUUCAGACUUUGGAAAAGGUGGAGAACGAGGAUGAUAUGAUGAAGUUGAAGCUUUAUGGACAAACCUACACACUGUAUACCCACAGCUUCCUGUGUUAUGGUCAAGACCAGUUCUUGAGGAGACUGCUGGCUCAUCUCAUCAAGACUCAAGAUGUGAAGUCACAAAUUUCCCACCCCUGCUAUCCAUCACAGUUCAAAAUAUCUAUCAAGCUGGGGGACGAUGUCUUUGAUUCUCCUUGUACUAAAAGCUAUAGACCAACGCAGUUUGAUCCCCAGAUGUCUAUAUCAGUAGUGGGCACAGGAAAUUACCAGAACUGCCUGGACAUUGUGAAAAACAUGUUCUCCUUUAAUAACUGCUCUUACUCCAACUGCUCCUUUGAUGGAGUCUUCCAGCCCAGCCUGAGAGGAAACUUCAUGGCGUUCUCUGCCUUCUACUUUGCUCACAGCUACAUCAACCGCCUCACCAACAUUCCCAUCACAUCCCCCAGUCGAAUGCAGGAGGCGAUCAAACUCAUCUGCAACAUGACCAUCUCUGAGAUGACUGAAAAGACAAAGCAGCCUGAGAAAUACAUGAAGAACGUUUGCGCUGUUUCCAACUUCGUCCAGAUCCUUUUGACGCAAGGCUAUGGUUUCAAUGAGCACUCUCUUCCUUCCAUUUCUUUCCAGAAAAAGGCAGGAGGAGCAUCUGUUGGCUGGGCACUGGGUUACAUGUUGACUAUAAGUACCAUGAUACCAGCAGAAAGACUUGAACUGAUGAAGGCUCUGCCCUCAGGACCCUGGGCUGUCAUUCUGUUCCUCUUCAUCGUCCUUAUCCUCAUUGCAAUAGGAUACCUACUGAUGAUCUACAAGAAUGCAAAGACUAACGGAGGCAUGGUAUAGGAGCAAGGGAGACAAAAGCCAGUUCAAUUAAUAUUCCUUGUAGAACAUGCACAUAUUCAUCUAAAACAUUCAACCUCUUGAAAAAAAAGAUUGAGAGCAUUUUUGGUUUUUUUUUUUACUUCAUUAUGUGUCUGCAAGUACAUGAGCUUGAGAAAGCAGAAAAUAUGCAAUAAUAUGCCAAUCCACUAACUUCCUGCUUCCAAGCUGAGUCUCAUGUCGGUGUGUGUAAAUUUAAACUACAGAAUCAGCCUUGUUUAUUAUAAAUGUGUCAGAUUCAUGAUGUAUUACCCACUCAUGAUGACCACAUUCAUGCAUCACUUUCACUGUGCUUCAGAAGAAGCAAAUAGCAAAAUUCAAAUCAGUUGCAUUCCAAUGAGUUCCCAGUUGUGGUCACAAUAUCUUGGAGGCAUUUUUCUCCAACAAAUGUUUUACUCACCUCUCAUCGACUUUAAACAGCUGAAUAAAACCAAAAGAUUUAAGUCUUUCAUGGCUUAUGGUAUUUCUAGGACUAGUUAGGCACAGAUUAACGUUUCUGGAUUUUUCAUUUUUAGUGUCUUCACUGUAUUCACUGGGGCCAUCUAAGAUAAUAGAUUUUAGAGAUUUUAUUGGUUACAUGUCUAUAUAAUAUUGCUCCUCGGUAGCAAAAUAAUAAAUUGAUCACCAGUGAAAGCGCUGACUACAGUAUCCAGGUGCUUCAACUCAUUUGAAACCAAUAAACAAUGAUUAAAAUA